AAACGAGAAAGUAACGGAAUCGAACAGUGAUAGUGGAAAGUCGUCUGAAAGUUCGGCUCGGCACAAAAUUGUAGUGAUGGGCGCAGCAAAAGUCGGCAAGUCUGCAAUUAUACAUAAAUUUCUGUAUAAUACUUUCACUCCAAAAUAUAAGCGGACUGUCGAAGAGAUGCAUCAUGGGGAUUUCAACGUUUCUGGAAUCCAUUUAAUACUCGAUAUUCUCGAUACAUCCGGCUGGUACGAAUUUCCUGCGAUGAGAGAGCUAUACAUUAAAUCAGGUGGCGCCUUCAUUUUAGUUUACGACGUAAAUGAUUCAAAUACUUUUCUCGAGGUGAAAGCACUCCGCGCCCAGAUACAUAGCACGAAAGGAGCAGUUCCGAUUGUAGUCGUUGGUAACAAAAUCGAUCUUGUAGAGACAGAAAAAGAGGUGAGUUUCAGUCGGAUCAGAUUGAAAUUGUUAUUUUAG